GCCGUGAAGUUUAUAAAAGAAGCAAUAAAUUUCUUUUGUCUUUAUUUUCUUUUUUUUCAUUUUUCAUCGCGUUAAAUUAUUCGCAAUUUAUUUGACGUCUCUGCCUGAGAGCCAAAGGUCAUCAGAAAUCCGCCGACAACAAUUCGCACACAAUAAUUUCCUCUUCGGCUGAUUGUGCAUCAGCCGACAGUGGUUACUGGUAAAAGUGAAUUUUCAUCAAGAAGUGAAUGUGCACACGUACAAACACACACACACACACACUUACUUACACAUACACUGUCGCGAACGCGGUCCUCUCUUGGUCUUUUUCUUAUUUCCAUAAUGUGCUCCUGAGCGAGUAAAUCUUCGGGCCAAAAAGGGGGGCAGUCUCUUUAAAUACUAUCUGGGAUGUUUGUUCGGCAUCAUUUUGUGAAUAUUCAACUCCUUCAACAUUUAGUGGUGUCAGCACAGAGAUGCGACCAAUUGUGCUGUUUUCUUCUUUGCUGGCACUUGCCACAGCAAAGCCUGAAGCCGGUUACAGCUACAGCCCACCUUCGUCCUCAUACGGAGCACCCUCUGGGGGUGGCGGCGGUUUCGGAGGAACCGGAAUCGGCGGUGGUUUAGGUGGAGGACACGGCGGCGGAGGUUUCGGAGGUGGAGGACACGGCGGCGGAGGUUUCGGAGGCGGCGGUGGCGGAUUUGGAGGCGGAUUAGGAGGUGGAUUUGGCGGUGGUGCUGGCGGUGGUUUUGGCGGUGGUGCUGGCGGUGGUUUUGGCGGUGGUGGCGGUGGAGGUUUCGGAGGAGGCGGUGGUGUCACCGUCCAGAAGCACAUCUACGUUCACGUACCACCUCCAGAACCUGAAGAAUUCAGACCGCAAAGGCCCAUCUCUGUCGGACAAGCCCAGAAACAUUACAAAAUCAUUUUCAUUAAGGCCCCAAGCCCACCUGCGCCAACUGCUCCAGUUAUUCCCGUUCAACCACAGAACGAAGAAAAGACUUUGGUCUAUGUUUUGGUUAAAAAACCAGAUGAAGCACCAGAAAUCAGUAUUCCAACCCCAGCACCCACACAACCCAGCAAACCAGAAGUCUACUUCAUCAGAUACAAGACACAGAAAGAAGUAGGCGGAGGCGGUGGUACUGGAAUUGGAGGAGGAUUUGGAGGAGGAGCAGGUGGUGGAUUUGGCGGCGGAUCAGGUGGCGGAUUCGGAGGUGGAUCCGGUGGUGGAUUUGGAGGAGGACAUGGCGGUGGAAUUGGUGGCGGCGGUGGUAUUGGAGGCGGUAUCGGUGGUGGAAUUGGCGGCGGUAUCGGCGGUGGCAUCAGCGGCGGAGGCGGAGGCGUAUCUUCGAGCUACGGUCCCCCCGGAAAAUCUGGCCCAUACUAAACCCAAACCUACCACGAUACCUAAAAAAGGCAAAACAAAAAACAAAACAAACAAAAAAAAAAAAACAGCAGCAAC